GGCUUGCCCCGAGGGGCGCUGGGAACUGUAGUUCGGGGAACCCGGAAGUAGAGCCGGACCCCCUGGGCAAUAGACCUGUGCUGGAGACAGUGCAGAGAGAUGGCUGAGAUGGAUGAUAUAACCCUGAACCUUGGGGAUCUUGAUCUGACCUCGGAUGAUCUCACGUUGGACACAGUGAGCAUCCACAUUCAGGAGAACCUGGAGGAUGCUCUUGUGCAGGAAGCCUUGAAGACGGGCGUUGACCUCCGACAAUACUCCAAACAAGUGGAGAUGGAACUACAGCAGAUAGAACAUGUGUCCAUCAAAGACUAUAUUGAGCAGAGUCAGAACAUCGCCUCUCUUCAUAACCAGAUCAUUGCCUGUGACGCCAUCCUGGAGAGGAUGGGCCUAAUGCUGGGAGGGUUCCAGUCAGACCUCAGCUCCAUCAGCUCGGAGAUUCACACGUUGCAGGAGAUGUCUCUCGCCAUGAACAUAAAGCUGAAGAACCGACAGACGGUCAGAAGUGAGCUGAGCGAGCUGGUCGAUGAAUUGAUCAUUCCCAACACGAUGAUCAGUGCGAUCCUGGAAGUCCCCGUCACCGAACAGCAGUUUGUGGAGCAGCUGCAGGAACUGAACAAUAAGAUAAACUAUGUAAAGGAGCAGGCCUUCAGGGACACGCAGGCCUGCGCAGAUGUACAAGAUACGCUACACAAACUCAAGAUCAAGGCUGUUGCUAAAGUGCGCGAGUUUGUUCUGCAGAAGAUCUACUCCUUCCGUAAACCCAUGACUAAUUAUCAGAUCCCCCAGAAUGCACUGCUUAAGUACAGGUUCUUCUAUCAGUUCCUCCUGGGGAAUGAGAGGUCAGUAGCUCAGGAAAUCCAGGACGAGUAUGUGGAGACCAUGAGCAAGGUGUACCUGUCCUACUUUAAGUCGUAUACCAACCGACUCAUGAAGGUUCAGUACGAGGAAGUCGCAGAGAAAGACGACCUGAUGGGGAUUGAAGACACAGCGAAGAAAGGCUUCUUCUCAAAGCCGGCAUUACGGAGCAAGAACACGGUGUUUACAGUGGGUAACAGAGCCGCCAUCAUCAGUCCGACUGAGCUGGAGGGUCCGAUCAUAGUGCCGCACACAGCCCAGAGGAGCGACGUCAGGUACCCGUUUGAGUCCCUGUUCCGCAGCCAGCACUAUGCCCUCCUUGAUAACAGCUGCCGGGAAUUCCUCUUCUUGUCUGACUUCUUCCUGGUGAGCGGAAUGGCGGCUCAGGAUCUGUUUAACUCGGUGAUGGGCCGGAGCCUAUCCAUGUUCCUGAAACACAUUGACUCCUAUGUGUCGGAUUGUUAUGACAGCAUCGCCAUUUUCCUGUGCAUACACAUCGUGCUGCGGUUUAAAGGCAUCGCUCAGCGGAGAGACAUUCCUGCUAUAGACAAAUACUGGGACACUCUACUUGACAUGUUGUGGCCCCGCUUCCAGUAUAUCUUGGAGCUGAACAUUCAGAGCAUCCGCAACACGGACCCUCAGAGGCUGGGAACGCUGGACACCAGACCACACUACAUAACCCGACGCUACGCAGAGUUUUCAUCGGCCAUCGUUAGUAUAAACCAGACGUUUCCGAACGAGAAGACCAAUGUCCUCCUGGGACAGCUGCAGGUGGAAGUGGAGAAUUUUGUCCUGAGAAUGGCCGCCGAGUUCUCCUCCAGGAAGGAGCAACUAAUUUUCUUGAUUAAUAACUAUGAUAUGUUGCUUGGGGUCCUCAUGGAACGGGCGUCUUCGGACAGUAAGGAGGUGGAGAGUUUCCAGCAGCUGCUGAACGCGCGGACACAGGAGUUUAUAGAAGAGAUUCUGUCCCCGUCCUUCGGAGGUAUGAUCUCCUUUGUGAAAGAAUCCGAGUCUCUUAUUGAGAAAGGUCAGCAGGAUCGGCUCCGGAGUGAGGAAGCACGCGUGUCUCAGCUGGUGCGAGGCUUCUCUUCCACCUGGAAACAGGCAGUAGAGACGCUGAGCCAGGAUGUCAUGAGGUCGUUCACAAACUUCAAGAACGGCACCAGUAUAAUACAGGGGGCGCUUACACAGCUAAUCCAGUACUAUCACCGUUUCCAUAAGAUUCUGUCCCAGCCGCCUCUCCGGAAUCUGCCGGUUUGUUCAGAGUUAAUUAAUCUUCAUCACUUGAUGGUAGAGCUGAAGAAGCACAAACCCAACUUCUGAGGGGAGACAGCAGUUUCACCUGCGCUAGAUGUGUUUUUCUAAAACAUCCACGUUACAUAAAUACUGUAUCACAGAAUCUGUGGUGUGACCCAAAUGUGUCGCCACCACCGACGUUGUCACAUGUCGCCCUGUCCUACUGUCACGCCGGAGAUCAGGGCUUGUGCUAAAUGUUUUGUCUUGUUUGUAAAUUAAUUUAAUAAAGCAAAGUAGCCCCUUAUUCUCUAUUAAAGUAAGAUAACACACA